AUGUCUUACUGGAUAAUAUCCAAGACAUCAACCGGGCUGUGGAAUUUGCAUUCCAUGUCGAAGAAGAUGCUGUUUGGAGUCAGGUGGCUAAAUUUUCAACUCAGGAAAGGAUUAGUUAGUGAUGCCAUCGAGUCAUUUAUUCGUGCAGAUGAUGCCACACAAUUUUUAGAUGUUAUUCGUGCUGUUGAGGAUGCAGAUGUUUACCAGGACUUGGUGAGGUACCUUCUGAUGGUUAGACAGAAGGCUAAGGAGCCUAAAGUGGACAGUGAGCUCAUCUAUGCAUAUGCAAAGAUUGAUAGGCUAGGUGACAUUGAAGAAUUCAUUCUCAUGCCAAAUGUUGCAAAUCUCCCCAGUGUUGGUGAUCGCUUAUAUGAUGAAGCUCUAUAUGAGGCUGCAAAGAUUAUUUUUGCUUUUAUUUCCAACUGGGCCAAGUUGGCAAUCACACUUGUAAAGCUAAAACAGUUUCAAGGUGCUGUUGAUGCAGCACGAAAAGCUAAUAGCUCAAAGACAUGGAAAAAAGUAUCAUUUGAUGUUGACCCAUAUUUGUUCACUAAUUCUAUCAUCAUCCUCCUACACAUAUGUUCAAAGAAUCUAGUGUCAUUUGAUUUACAACUAUUGGCCAUUUCAUCGAACACAUUACAACCAAAAGGGGGGGGGGGGGAGAUUCCUGAACGGUGGUUGUCUGGCUGUGGUGGAUCGCUGGCAACGUUAAAACGAGUGAGAGCUCUGAUGAAGACGAGAUCCCCAAAUUUGGUGCAAAAAUCUGAUGAAGAACGACUCAAAAUUGGGGGAGAGAACUCUGAUGAGAGAGAAGCUUGCUGGGAGAAAGGGAUGAGGCAGAGUAGCGAGCAAAAUGGAGAGCCCGUUGGAGCAAAUUUUUUUGGAUUGACUCAAUAA